AAAAAUAUUGGCAAAUAGAUGUCGAAAUGAAAUGGUGUUCUCGUUCAUUCUUACUUUUACCAUCAGUGUUGUGGCUGCGUUUGAUGAUGAAUGUAUAAAAUGCGACCUCCGAUCGUCAUACUGCAAAACCUGGGAGAAUAGCACUCAAAGUUGUGAAUGCCGAGAUGGUUUUGCGCGGAUAUCUAACGGAUCGUGUGCCAUGGUUAGCGACUUGGCUCGCGGUGGACUCGGAUUAUCACAGGAUUCGGAGGAAGAUGAGCCAUUUUGUGUGCUUGGGCAGGCGGAGAAGGCAGCCACAAGAAUCCUGACCGAGUUGCUCAGUAAAUACGACAGGAACCUGGUGCCAAAAAUGAAAGGAGUGGAUGUCGACGUGGAAUUGUUAAUCCAAAGAGUAUCGGAAAUAUCUGAAAUCCAAUCGAGCUCCACAAUGCACAUACUUUUCAGUCAAAUUUGGCACGAUCCAGGGUUAUCGUUUGAGCAUGAAGAGGGUGCCCACUGCCUGACCAAUUUAUCACUGUCCCAUAGAAUGGUUGAUAAUAUCUGGCUACCGAAUGUAUGUAUAGUCAACUCAAAAGGCUCUGCAAUUCACAAAUCGCCUACGCCCAACAUAUUUUUGGCUAUUUUUCCGAAUGGAACAGUUUGGAUGAACUAUCGAGUUGUGGUCGAAUCUCCCUGUGAAAUGGAUUUUUCGUUUUUCCCGAUGGACAGAGUCAUGUGUACCACAAUUUUUGAGAGUUAUGCGUUUAAUGUUGGAAAGGUCCGUCUACAUUGGAAGCGGCAGGGUCAACCGGUCGAAUUCAUAGAUGACGUCAAACUUCCCGAUUUUCAUAUGACAAAAUUUGUACACGAAAAAGCCACGUUUAUCUAUCCGGCUGGUGUUUGGGAUCAGCUCAACAUAAAGCUACUAUUCCGGCGAUCUUACGGGUUCUACAUUCUACAAAUCUACCUCCCCACGUACUGUAUGGUACUUAUCUCAUGGAUUUCAUUUUGGUUGGAUCGGCGGAGUCUACCCGCACGGGUGACUUUAGGAGUCUCCUCACUUAUGGCAUUGACGUUACAGUACUCCAAUGUGUCAAGGAGCUUGCCGAAGGUCUCAUAUGUAAAAGGGCUGGAUCUCUUCAUGUUCGGAUGUAUUGUCUAUAUAUUUUUAUCGAUUGUAGAGCUCGCUGUAGUAGGCUCUUUGGAGCAACGGAAACAACAAAGAACAAACGCAGAUGGUGAUUUUCUAUCAGAUGAUGACAUCAAAAAGAACAUAUUUCAACGAACAUUCUCCACUAAAUCCUUUAAGUCAGGCUACGGAGCCCGUCACCAUCAAUUUUCGGAGUGUGCAAGCCCGGAGGAUGGUGGAGAAUGGCCUAAAACUCGGACUGAAUGGGCCGAGAGGACGUAUGUGGAGUGCCCGGAGCCCGAGCCGCCGGAAAGUAACCGCCAUCCCGAAGUGGAGAAUGAUAGUAAUAAUAAAAUGCUGGUAUUAGUGCGGCAACGUCGCGCGUCACGGAAACGAAGGAAACGGUUAAUGAGCGGAAAAUUGUUUCAACGGUGGACAGCUGAAGACAUGGAUCGAUUCUGUCAAAAACUCUUCCCAAUCACUUUCACAUUCUGCAACCUCAUCUACUGGAUGUAUUAUACGGCAAAAUCCAAGGAUUAAAUGGAUUUUUUUAUUUUUUUAUUUUUUUUGAAAAUUUGUUUCCUCCCCCGCCUGAGCUAUAUACUGUGAAUGUGAUAUUUAUGUGCCAUGAAGUUUU